AUGUUACCAGUAGGCAGCUUAUAUUCGGUAGGAACACGCCUAUCUGAGUACGCCAGGAAACUACCACAAGAAAAUCCAAAUGUUCGGAAGAGGUACUUAGAUAAAAUAAAGGCAGUGCAAUUUCACGACCCUUACAUGAUGCAAGUAUCGGACGAUUUACCUACAAAGGUAACAACGGGCCAUGUCGUAGAUUACCUGUUAAAUUUUAAAUCCCCGUAUACCGGUAAUCCUGUGAAAAACAUUCGAAGUCUGGAAGCUUACCGGAAAUUCGAAGCAGGUUUUGUCCAGUCUGUGAAAGGACGGAUGUUAGGCAGCCAGUACGUCGUGGUUGGGAAGGUCGCUCAUUCCAUGCGCCUCAACGAGAAACCACUAAAUCCUUGGGUGAUUGUGGAAAAAGAAGGAAGUGUUUUAUCAGCUCAUUGUGACUGUACCGCCGGUAUCAGCGAAACUUGUUCGCAUGUAAGUGCUGUACUGUAUGCGUUGGCCAAUCUUCAUUCAUUACAACGAAUAGAAAGGUAAUUAGUUGUCGUCUGUAUAACGCAUAUUCUCACAUUGUUGUAUAUUUAGAUAACAGUAACCGAUAUUCCUGCGUAUUGGAAACAACCACGCAAGCGUAUUAAGGAUGAUCUUUACAAGAAGGUCCAAGAUGUGGAUUACGGCAGAACAAUUAAACGAUUCUACGAUACUAAAAUGAAUAAAAGUCGACAAGAUUUUAUUGAGUUACUGGAACUCAUUAAACAGGACGGUAAUGAUGUUGCAGUCUUUGGAUCGCAUUGUGAUAAUGCAAAUUCCACCUGCAUUCAGUGCUUAGCGGAUCAUUGUCCAGAUGAAGUGAUCCUGAAUAAAUCGAUUCUCCUACAAAAAAACUUCGACAUGAAAUAUGUAGGAAAAAGUUUGGAAGAGUUGAGAACAAUCGGUAAAAGUCUGCAGUUAAUGCUAACCGAAACUGAUGUUGGAUUGAUUGAAAGGUUAACCAGGAAACAAUUCAAUUCCAAAAUUUGGCAUUGGGUACGAAUCGGUAGAAUCACGGCAUCGAUUUUGAAGGAAGUGGUUUCUGCAUCAAAUGAGUACCCACCACCUAAACGAUCGCUGUUAAAGCGUAUUUGUCACCCAUACAAUGAGAAAACCCCUAAUACACCAGCAAUAGCGUAUGGCAGGCAAAAAGAGGCAGUGGCCAAACGAGACCUUGAACAUAUCCUUAAUAAAACCCACGAGAAUCUAAGAAUUUUGGAUAGCGAUAUUGUCGUGGAUGCAAAAUAUCCAUUCAUGGCUGCAUCUCCAGAUUGUUUCGUACAGUGUUCGUGCUGUGGAAGUGUACCUGUUGAAAUAAAAUGUCCUUACCGGCUCAGUGAAAACAGUCCCUUGAACCAGCAGCUUACUCUACGGGACAUAGCGAAUUUAAAGGAUCCCUUUAUUCAAUUUGAUGGCGAUAGGGUAGAAAUGGUAAAAAGCCAUAAAUAUUAUUAUCAAGUACAGGCUCAGAUUUUCAUAACACAGUCAAAUUAUGGUUUGUUUAUGGUUUGGAGUAAAAAUGAAAAACUUAUUAUAAAUGUUCCACGAAAUGAUGGUUUCUGGGAGAACAGUCUCUUUAGGAGUCGAUUAUAUUUCCAUAAUAUUGUGAUCCCUGAAUUGUUGGGCAACUAUUACACUUCUAAUAUGAAAUGA